UCGCAGUCGCCGCCGACGCUGCUCUCCGGCCGGGAGUCGCCAUUUUGCUCCUGGAGACGCCGCUUGGGGACCGGCGCUUGCUUCCUCCGGCAGCUGAGGCUGCGGCGGGGCCCGGGGCUGGGGUCGGGGCCAGGAGGAAUUUUGUUGUCAGAGACUAAAAGGAGGUUGUCGUAAUUGCCCUUGAACAGCACACAGUAAAACACUGAGCUCUUCAGCUCCACCUUUCUUGCUCUGAGAAUUGGGAAACCAAGAAGGUUUGAUGUUUUGUGUCGCGCCACCUGAAUUAGAAGCCACAAUGAACGUGACCAAAGGAGGUCUGGUGUUGUUUUCAGCAAAUUCUAAUUCGUCGUGUAUGGAGCUUUCCAAGAAAAUUGCCGAGCGGCUGGGGGUGGAGAUGGGCAAGGUACAGGUUUACCAGGAGCCCGACAGAGAAACAAGAGUGCAAAUUCAAGAGUCUGUGCGGGGGAAGGAUGUUUUCAUCAUCCAGACUGUUUCAAAGGACGUCAACAGCACCAUCAUGGAGCUGCUGAUCAUGGUGUACGCGUGCAAGACCUCCUGCGCCAAGAGCGUCACCGGCGUGAUCCCCUACUUCCCCUACAGCAAGCAGUGCAAGAUGCGCAAGCGGGGCUCCAUCGUCUCCAAGCUGCUGGCCUCCAUGAUGUGCAAAGCCGGUCUAACUCAUCUCAUUACUAUGGAUUUACACCAAAAGGAAAUUCAGGGCUUCUUCAAUAUUCCUGUUGAUAAUUUAAGAGCAUCUCCGUUCUUGUUACAGUAUAUUCAGGAAGAGAUCCCGGACUACAGGAAUGCGGUGAUCGUGGCCAAGUCUCCAGCCUCGGCCAAGAGGGCACAGUCCUUCGCCGAGCGGCUGCGGCUGGGCAUCGCGGUGAUUCACGGAGAAGCGCAGGACGCGGAGUCGGACCUGGUGGACGGCCGGCACUCGCCGCCCAUGGUCAGGAGCGCCGCGGCCAUCCACCCCAGCCUGGAGAUCCCCAUGCUGAUCCCGAAGGAGAAGCCUCCCAUCACGGUCGUUGGUGACGUGGGAGGCAGGAUCGCCAUCAUCGUGGACGACAUCAUCGAUGACGUGGACAGCUUCCUCGCUGCGGCGGAGACCCUGAAGGAGAGGGGCGCCUACAAGAUCUUCGUGAUGGCGACCCACGGCCUGCUGUCCUCCGACGCCCCCCGGCUCAUUGAGGAGUCUGCCAUCGACGAGGUGGUGGUCACCAACACAGUUCCGCAUGAAAUCCAGAAGCUCCAGUGCCCCAAAAUCAAAACGGUGGACAUCAGCAUGAUCCUCUCAGAGGCCAUCCGCCGGAUUCACAACGGGGAGUCCAUGUCCUACCUUUUCAGAAACAUAGGGGUGGACGACUGAGCGCCCUCCCGCUAGCUCCCGGGCCAGACCGGGGCCGCCAGAGCCAGCACUGUGAGGCUCCUGCCCCACGGGGUGUGCUUCCCAGCGGCCGACGGAGUCUCGUCCCUUUCCUUUCGUUCUUUCCUAUGAAGAUAGGCCAGCUUUUUAUGUCCUUUUGGGUGUUUGGGGGGGGGGGGUAUUUUUUAAAAGGCAAACUAUGAUCUCCUCUAAAUAAAAUAAGUUAACACCCAGUUGUGUUCAGUUUAACUGUUUAAAAAAGAACUUGGACUACGAUUUUUUAAGCUCACAAACAGCCUUUUUCCAAAGUUGCUGGAGCCCAAGUGCUUGAAAGUUCAUAAAAUGAUCUACUCUAUGAUACUGUAGUUGAAAAGCCAAAAAGUUUAUGCUGUUAAAUCCAGUAAGUCACAUUUUUAGAAAUGCUUUUAUAGACAAGCAUAUGAAAUGUGUGACCGUUAUUUAUUUUCCGCAACAAAAAAGGAGGAAUAAAAAACUACUGUGCGUGUGUUUUCUUAAAUGUUGUGUUUAGGCAGUCAUUUUAUAACUAAAAUAAAAGGAAAGCUGAAUAUA